UCGCCCAAAGAGUCGAUGACCUUGUACAGCACAAAAGUAACCAAGAAAGAGAUGGGGAAAGUGAAUGAUGCCUUGUCUGCAGGGACGUGCACGGAGGCGAACAGUUCUGAGCUGUAUAGCAAGGAUGAGCUGCUGCAGCUGUUUCGCACCAUCCACCCCGAGUCCAAGCAGUGCAACGGCAAGACCGUCAUUGGCCUGGUGGGCUACCCCAACGUGGGCAAGAGCUCGACCAUCAAUGCACUGGUUCGCUGCAAGAAGGUCUCUGUGUCCACUACACCGGGCAAGACCAAGCACUUUCAGACGCUGAACCUGGACGAUGAGCUGUGCCUGUGUGACUGUCCUGGCCUGGUGUUCCCCAACUUUGUGAGCAACAAGGCUGAGAUGAUCGUGCACGGAAUCCUGCCGAUUGACCAGAUGACAGACCACGUGCCCCCCGUCAACCUUAUAUCCUUCAUCCUAUUGUGUUGUUGUCUCUGCCAGCUCAGCACCCCGGAAUAUUUUGUCAAAUUUGCUCGAGAACUGGGUGGACAGGAAAUGAUGUAUGUGCAGUUGCAAGUGGAACAAGCAUUCCCACCCCUGCAAUAA